AGACAGAACUUGAGAGCGUUAAUCAGCGUGUAUGACAAGACCGGCGUGGUCGAGUUUGCCCGUCGCGUCGCCGCAGCAGGCUACGAACUGGUCAGCACCGGUGGUACUCACCGCACGCUAUCCGAGGUGGGCGGUCUGAACGUUCGACAGGUGGCCGACGUCACCGGCUCGCCGGAAAUCUUGGACGGUAGGGUCAAGACGCUACACCCCGUGAUCCACGGCGGCCUGCUGGCUCGCCGGGAGGCGCCCGAGCAGAUGGCCGAGCUGUCGGCCCACGGCAUCGAAACCAUCGACCUGGUUGUGGUGAACCUCUAUCCCUUCGUCGCCACCAUCAGCAGGCCGGACGUAACGCUGGACGACGCGCUGGAGAACAUUGAUAUCGGCGGUCCAACCAUGCUCCGCGCUGCCGCCAAGAACUUCCCCUCCGUGGCCGUGGUGGUGGACCCGGAGGACUACGGAUGGGUGGCUGACAAGCUGGCAGACGGCGGCUUGACUACCGAAGAUCGGCGAGGGUUGGCGGCCAAGGCCUUCCGACACGUUUCCGAGUAUGACUCGGCCGUUACAGGUUACCUGUCGACGCCGAGGGAACAAGAACAACUGCCCGACCGUCUUACCAUAUCUCUGGACAAGGUCUCGGGCCUACGCUACGGCGAGAACCCCCACCAGUCAGGGGCGCUCUACGCCCCGGUCGGCGUUGCGCCGAACGGCAUCGCCGGGGCGACGCAACUUCACGGCCGCGAGCUGUCGUACAACAACCUGAUGGACGCCGAUGCAGCCUGGCGCACCGUAUCGGACUUCGCCGAACCGACCGUGGCCGUUGUGAAGCACAACAAUCCCUGCGGGCUCGCCACCCGCGAGGUCAUCGCGGAGGCGUACGAACUGGCCUACGAAGGCGACACCGUCAGCGCCUUCGGCGGAAUCGUGGCCAUCAACCGCACGGUCGACGCCAAGACGGCACAGGCGAUGGACGCGAUAUUCUACGAGGUCGUGAUCGCCCCAGGGUACGACGACGACGCGCUUGCCAUCCUGCAGCGGAAGCGCAACCUGCGCAUCCUGACCGUAGGUUCGGAACCCUCUGGGAAGGCCCUGGACCUGCGCCCGAUAUCGGGCGGAAUGCUGGUGCAGGGCGCCGAUGACAUUGAAGAGAACCCUACGGAAUGGAAGACGGUUACAGAGAGGGAACCCAGCGCGACGGAGAGGCAGGAUCUGGCGUUCGCCUGGAAGGCGGCCAAGCACAUUAAGUCCAACGCCAUCGUGUUCGCCAAGGACCGGGCAUUGGUUGGCAUGGGUGCGGGUCAGCCCAACCGGGUGGUUAGCGUGCAUCUCUCGCAGCGCAUCGCGGGCGACAGGGCCAAGGGCGCCGUGCUGGCCUCCGACGCCUUCUUCCCAUUCCCAGACAACAUCGAGCUGGCCGCAGAGGCCGGCAUAACCGCCAUCGCGCAGCCAGGCGGGUCGGUACGGGAUGAGGAAGUCAUCGCGGCCGCCGACAAGGCAGGCUUGGCGAUGGUGUUCACUGGGGUGCGCCAUUUCCGCCACUAG